AUGCUGAUGGAGUACGUGUUCGGGGUGGUGGUGGCCUCUCUUCUCGGUUUUCUGCUGAUGUUCCCGUUUCAGGGGAAGAGUAGGGAGGGAGGGAUGAAACGGAAUGCCGAGAUCCAGGGGAGGUUGUCGAAGGUCGCUGAGUGCGGAUCAGAAGCGGCCUGUGAGGGCUCGUCGGAUGUUAUCGUUGUCGGAGCCGGAGUUGCCGGCUCCGCGCUUGCAUGCGCUCUUGGAAAGGUGAGAUCACAAGUCUCCGUUUGAUGCUCGUGAUGGGGUUGUCCAUCGUUUUUUCCUCUCAGAGAACGGAUGGUCAUUUCUUUGUGUUUUUUAAAUGUGUUUCAAAGAAAUGGGGGUCUAGAAUAUGCGCUCGGAGUCUCUGGAGAGAGUUUUUUUCUUCGGAAGAACAACUUUUCAUGGUCGAUGGCGUCCUGGACUUUUUCUCUUCCUUGUUCACCACUAUGGACUGAUAGUGCACUGCGGAUUGGUCGGCUCGCUGGUUUUCCUUGUAAUAUGCGGAAGGUUUCCCGGUAUCUUUCGAGCCUUGAAAGCUCCGUGACGUCGGUGUGGUUGUCGACUUCUCUGUUGUACAUUUCGGUCCGUCGAAGUAUACAAGCUGUUUGUCUUUUGCUUGUGCCUAAUGGCUCACCAUUUCAAUGGCUCACCAUUUCCUUCACGUGGACCACGGGAAAUGGACAGAGGAUCUGUGAAAGUUCGGACUUAAUCUGGCUCUUUUUGUCGCCUGCAGGAUGGACGUCGAGUUCGUGUUAUCGAGAGGGAUCUGAGUGAGCCGGACAGGAUUGUUGGGGAGCUGUUACAACCCGGAGGGUACUUGAAACUAGUUGAAUUGGGUCUCGAAGGUAAGUUUGCAAAUUAUUUUUCUAUCAUGUGAAGUUUAACCUAAAAAUAUUUGAAUUUUUUUCUGGCCGCCAAUUCGUCUGUCUAUUAACAUUAGUACGAAAUAUAUAACUGGAUAGGAGUCUCGGUUGGAUAGUGAAGAACAUCUUUUCAUUAAUCUAGAAUGUGCUGUAGAUACCUCCCCCCCUCCUCUCUCUCUCUCUCUCUCUUGGGGUCAAUAAUCACAUAGAAGGUCGAACAUCUCCUCAGGGGCAUGGGAAUGGGGUUCAUUCGAACUCAUCAUGGGUUAGAAAAGGGUGUUGUCAUCGUUUCAUAUUUUUGUGUUUCACGUAAGCUUUCUACCAUCCAACUGUUUUGUUCUGUGCAGACUGUGUUGAAGAGAUUGACGCCCAGCGGGUAUUUGGCUAUGCACUUUUCAAAGAUGGAAAGAACACGAAACUUUCAUAUCCCUUGGAAAACUUUCACAGUGAUGUUGCUGGGAGGAGCUUUCAUAAUGGGCGCUUCAUACAGAGGAUGCGAGGGAAAGCUGCCUCUAUCCCCAAGUAUAUAUCUCUUUUUCUGACUCAGGAUAUUGUGUUUCAUCAUUCUAACUCCUCUUAAUUAAUAUUUCGCGCUACAGUACGUUACUCUGACACUAUUAAGUAUUUAAUCUACGAAGAAAUUCAGUGCAAAUUGAAGUUGUUUGGUAUCUUUAACAUCCCAAGACCUACGAUUGUUCUCAUGGUGCAAGUUUCUGGAGUGGAAAAUUGUCCUCCAAGCCAUGAAAGACGAAUCAUAACAUGCUCACACUUGGGGGAACAUAUGCGUGUGCAUAGUUCGGGCACACUUUUUUCUCGAGUGGACAACACCAUGUGGAGCAGCAGCCCAUUAUUACUCUAAUAGUUCAAAGAACAAGAACUACUCCUCGUUAAUGUGUGUCUGCAUGCAUGCAUGCACGCAUGGAGGAAUCUAGAGAAAUGCCCUCUCCCCUCCUCUCUGCCACGUGAUCUGGUUGCAUAAUAUCAUCAAUUCUAUUUAACUUAUUCGGCCUGUCAUCCGGCUAGUUCAUCUCUUUCUCACCAUUCAGUUUCAUGCAUAGUUUGUGGUUGGUUUCGUAAGUAACCAAGCAUCAGAGGUUUCCUCUGAUGCCUACAGAUGGACAUGGUUAGAUGGGGACAAUAAUUCCCAGGAACAGUUGGAAUAUUUCGUUUAUGAAUAGUGCUUAUCUUGUUCUGGUGUGAUAUUAGUUUCUUAAACGAGAAUAGUUUUUAUCUGCAAUCAUAAUAAGGAUUGUCUUUCCUGUGUCAACCUUCCUGUUCAUUCAUCCCUUUAACUUGAAAUUCGUUUCUUCCAGUGUUAGUUUGGAGCAAGGGACUGUAACGUCAUUGAUCGAAGAAAAUGGAGCUGUGAGGGGAAUAUCAUACAAGACUAAGAAUGGAGAAGAGCUAAAAGCAUAUGCGCCUCUUACGAUCGUAUGUGAUGGUUGCUUCUCAAAUCUGCGACGCUCUCUUUGCUCCCCAAAGGUGAAAUUCAGUCUCACUGGUGCAAUUAUAAUUCCCGAGUGUAUAAGCCUUUGCUUAUUAUUACUGCUGCGGAUUGUGAUCUAAAAACAUCUCUACUCCGCAGGUAGACGUGCCCUCCUUUUUUGUGGGCUUGGUCCUGGAGAACUGCCAACUGCCAUAUCCAAACCAUGGGCACGUCAUCCUUGCUGAUCCUUCGCCUAUUCUAUUUUAUCCAAUCAGCAGCACUGAAGUCCGUUGCUUGGUUGACGUUCCCGGGCAGAAGGUCCCUUCCGUAGCGAAUGGCGAAAUGGAGAUCUAUCUGAAAACUUCAGUGGCACCCCAGGUACAUGAGUUUUCAGAUAUACAAUAAUUGAACAUAAAUCAGGACUGUCCAUUUUGUUUGCUGUGCUCGUCCUAUACUUAGAAUCUUACUCUGUGCGAUAUUGUUUUCUAUUUCAGCUCCCUCAAGAACUCCGUGAGCCCUUCAUAUCUGCUAUUGACCUAGGAACCAUAAGAACAAUGCCUAACAAGAGUAUGCCAGCUGCUCCCCAUCCUACUCCUGGAGCCUUAUUAAUGGGGGAUGCUUUCAACAUGCGCCAUCCCUUGACUGGUGGAGGAAUGACUGUGGCAUUGUCUGAUAUUGUCGUUCUGCGUAAUCUUCUCAAGCCCCUGCGUAAUCUCCACGAUGUCCCGGCUCUGUGCAAGUACCUGGAGUCUUUUUACACAUUGAGAAAGGUGAGGUGGGAUGGUGCUGUUAAUCCUGCCCAUCAAGGUGGCGGCAGGGGGAAAUGCAAUUUUCUGUCAUUGACUGAUUCCAUAGUUCUUCUUUGAUGUAAUUGGUUUUUAUAAUGCUGAUAAAUCUUGGUUUUAUAUAUAUGUAUGUAUAAUUUGUUUUUUUUUUUUUCUCCUCAACAGCCGGUGGCCUCUACGAUAAAUACCUUGGCGGGUGCAUUGUACAAGGUCUUCAGCGCCUCCUCCGAUCGGGCGAUGAACGAAAUGCGUCAGGCUUGUUUCGAUUAUCUAAGCCUUGGAGGAUCAUUUUCGGCCGGCCCCAUAUCCUUGCUGUCUGGUCUUAAUCCUCGCCCUCUGAGCCUGGUUGUUCAUUUCUUUGCCGUCGCAAUAUAUGGAGUUGGGCGCCUUAUAAUCCCAUAUCCUUCACCCAAACGAAUGUGGAUUGGGGCAAGAUUGAUAUCGGUGAGUCCCAAACCCGUUUCUUUUCUUUUGGGUAAUGUGAAGAAAUGCUCAAAAUUUCAUGAAAAUAUCAAGACAAUGGCUGUAGCAAAGAUUGAUGGCUUGCACUGUACUCAUACAUCAUUCUUAUGCAUGCUAUUACUAUCAUGCUUUCUGAUUUCCCCCACCUGGGGGAAGAUCUUCUGCCGCCACUUGUGUGAUUACUGCCGUUCUUUUGCCACAGCAGGGAGCUGCAAAUAUCAUACUUCCCAUCAUCAAGGCCGAAGGAGUCAGGCAGAUGUUCUUCCCUGCGACAGUUCCUGCGUAUUACAGAGCUCCCCCGACCAACUGA